AUGGAUUGCAAUAUUAAAGAUUUGACAAACUACCAGGCAGUAGCAGAACAAGCCAGAAAGGAACUAUCAAAUGACAAAAACAGAUUUGUUCCAAUGGAAGAAAGGCGAGACACCUCUGCGUUAUCAGUUGAUGUCUUUGCGUCCUUAUGUCAUGGAAAAUACAUGACUUUCUGGCGUGGCGUGUCAAUCCUGAAAGAUCCCUUAACUCUGACAGCUAACCAGCAGUUACUGUGGGAAGUCAAACCGAGAACGGUAUUUGACUUUGGCGCGUACAAGGGAGGCUCAGCUUUGUGGACAGCGGACAUGUUAAAAAUGUUUGGGUGCAAGUCACGUGUGAUAGCCAUCGAUAUCGACCUUUCUUUGCUGGACCCUUUGGCUCGAGAGUCCCCGGAUGUGGAGUUUAUUGAGGGAGACUUGUUUCAUGUGGAAAAAUGCUUUCCAGCAGACUUUCUGAAGAGUCUGCCUCAUCCAUGGUUCCUAAUGGAGGACGCACACGUGAAUAUGGUAAAAGUGUUCGAGUACUUUGAUGCAUUUACGAAGCCUGGUGACUACAUAUGUGUCGAGGACACAAAUCCCUGUCUCCCUAACGAGAGCAACCAAGGUCUUGUAAAGGAGCUCGGUUAUACAGAGAAGGGUCCUGCUAAGCUGAACGCUCUCAAGAAAUUCUUAACAGGCCGUUCUGAUAGGUAUCAUGUGGAUCAGAGAUACACUGACUUUUUCGGGCACAAUGCAACAUGGAACAUGAAUGGUUACCUAAAGAGAGUUUAGAGGGAAUACUUGCAAAUCUGUUUCUGUGAUUCACCAUUGUAAUUGCUUUAAGUUGACCGAACACAGUUUUAAUCGAAUGUAAACAUAGUCACAACAAGAUUUUAAAAAGAGAUUUUUGUCGCUUGCCUGCUCUCUCUCGCAUAUUUGUUAGCUACUUUGAAGAUAAUGAGGGUAAUGUGUGGCAUUUGUCCUACGAAAAUAUAUAUUCCAAAUUUUUUGAAAAAAAAAAUAGUGAAGAAAGGAACCGACUGACCACCCUGCGAUAUAUCCCAGCACGUAGGCUCGUGUACAUUUUGAUCGGCAUCGGAAGGACGUUCAAGAUAUGCGCGUUGUAUAAUCAAUUUUUAUAUAAGUUGUCGCGUAUUCGUUUCUUUCGUAAAUAUAGAGUAAAGUAGUUUUAUCCUCCAUAAGCCUUACUAGCAAGCUCUACUGCUCUUAGGUCUGUGCUAUAUUAGAUUAUUCAAGGCUGUCUUGAAAAAUUGAAUUAUUGCCUUUAGUCUCAAUAUGUCCGCGUGCAGUUCAUGAAGUAAUACGUGGUGCCCGUGCUGAUCAAAGGCGGCCAAAGCUCAGUAGACAAUAAGGUCAAUAAGAGAUUUCCAGACUUGAUACGGAAAAUUCUCUUUGGUCCUAAAUAUGCUAAAAUAAAGUUGUUAAUGAAGAAAUAAACCACUUAUCUCAACAUAGGUUUGCCUUAUCUCAACAUAAGUUUUGCUUGGCUCCUCGAGCGCUCGGA